AUGGUUGUCUACGGGAGAGAAAACGCAAGGUUGGUUAAACGAGAGUCGAACGCCGAGAGAAUAAGGGCUCGAAGACAGUUUGGAAUACUUGGCAAUGAGCUCCGGCGUGAUGACAGGAGAUUAGACCGACAGCUGAUGCGCGACCAGAGAAGAAUGGACCGCCAGUUGUUCGACGCCGAAAGACGUGACAUGCGCUGGAUGAUGCCGUUCGGUGGCUUCGGCGGUUUCGGAGAAAAAACCAGAGUUAGUUUUCUGUGCACAAGAGAGACCGGCAGAGUCGGUUACCGAAAGGUAAUGGAUAGUUGGAAACCAUUGCUGGCUGCGUUUAUUUUAGUCAGCGUCGUUUUCGGCGAAGAUAGCUUCGAUCCCGAUGUUAAUGGGAUCCCAAGGGUACGCCGCCACUUUCGAGAUCGGCUGGAUCGCGAACUGAUGCGCGAUGAACGAAUAUUCGAUCGACAGCUUUUCGAUGACCGUCGUCGGUUGGAUCGACAACUGCUUCGUGCUGACCGAUUCGGAGGUCUCGGAGGUUAUGGACGAUACGGAGGGUACGGAAUGAACGGCCUUGGUAGAUACGGAGGCUAUGGCGGAUAUGGCGAUUACGGAGGAUACGGCGGUUAUGGAGGCUACGGUCUUCGCGGUGGCGGAUUCGGUGGCCUGCGUGCGCUGGGUGGCAUUGCUAAUCUGGCACGCGGCCUGAUGGGUUUGAUAGGAUAA